AUGCCUCGCCCCUUCAAAUGGGCUGAAUACUUCAAUAAAGACGCCGCGCUCCAGAAUCGCUCCAACAAAUAUCAAGUGUCAUGUAUACGCUGUCAUAAAAAGAUCCCAAAGGGCCGUUCGGAAGAGCGGACUCGUCAUCUCGUCGAUGAAUGCACGGGUCUCACACCAGAGGAGCGAGAACAAAUCAUCCGCGUGGAGGCGAAAGAAGCCGAAGCCGCCGCGGCGGGAACUCCAAAGCCAAGGGCUGGGAAGACCUCCAAAGGCGGGGGAGGAGGAGGAGGAGGAGGAACAGGGCUUGGGGAGACCGAGAUCGAGGAACUCCUUCGGCUUGCGAGAUUGCAUUCAGUAGAGGGCGGGAGCCAAGAGGGGUGGCAAGGCGUCACAGAAGAGUAUAACAACUGGGCUGAAAGUAACGGCUUUAAAACCCGCACAAGUGACGCGUUACAGAAACAAUGGGAUUCACGCGUCACCAGUAAUAGUAAUAGUAACAACCGCCUCCAAGGGCCAGCAAACUUCUCAUGGGACGCAGAGGCCCGGGUUAUCCCUUGGGAGAUCGGUGGGCUCGGCGCCUUUGAUGAGGACGAAGGCGGUGAUACCACCACUGACCAUGACGCCCUCGCAACAGACCUCGGUGGAGAUGGCGGUGGUCCAUCAUCAGGAUAUAAUAUCCCCCCCCAUCCCCCACGCUUUGACCCCGAACUAUCUGCACUUCGCGAUACCACCCCGCCGGCAAAUUUGUCGCCGCCGCAAUCCACAAACUCUAGCCAAAGGCGGCAGUAUCGCCAAACAGAAUAUUCAUCACGCCCUCCUCCUCCACUACCCCCACCACAACCUACGGCUAAGGAGCCAAUGAUGAAUAUCGCUGACCCGCGGUCCUCGUCAUCAUUGAUCGAGCUACUACAAUACGAGAACACACAGAAAGAGAAACGGAUCGAGAGGCUAGAGGCACGGGAGGAUAAACUGCAAGAGAAGAUUGAUAGGCUAGAAAGCAGGAACAGGAAGUUAGAGGAGCAAAAUAGGAAGCUUGAAAGCCAAAACCAGGUGCUGAAGAUGCGGUUCAUGAUCACCGAGGGCAGCGGCGCUACGAGUGCGAAGAGAAAGAGGGGGGGUUCUGAUUUCCUCAUGACGGAUCUGCAGGACGUUGUGGAGAGUCAAGUGUAG